AUGACCUCCCGCCUCAUCGACUCCAAACCCCCUCACCCCAACCCCAAGCCGAUGCAAAUCCUCAUCCUCGGCAUGCCUCGCACCGGCGUGUCCUCCCUGCGCGCAGCCCUCAACGUCCUCGGCUACAACACAUUCCACGGCUCGAUGCUUCAGAACACCCCCGAAUUAUACCCUUACUGGGAAGAAGCCAUCUCCGCGUACCACUACGACACCGCUGCGAACUACACCCACGAGGACUACGACAAGUUGCUCGGUGACUACAAUGUGUCAUGCAAUAUGCCCGGCACGUAUGUGUGGAGGGACCUCGUGGAUGCGUAUCCGGAUGCGAAGAUCAUUCUCACGAAUCGGGAUCCCGAUAGGUGGAUGACGUCGAUGAAGGCGAGUGUGGAUGAGGGGAUCAAGUGGAGGAGUUGGGAUUAUGUUACCCCGUUUGAACCUACGCAACGCGCAUGGUGGAGAUAUCAGAAGUUCCAGCAGGCGCUUCGCAAGCACAUCUGCCCCAAGGGCGAGCGCGAGGCGUUCAUCGACCACUACGAGGCCAUUAGGGCGUAUGUGCCGAAGGACAGACUCCUGGAGUUCGACGUCAAGGCCGGCUGGACCGGUCUCUGUGACUUCUUGGGCAAAGACGUGCCGGAUGAGGGGUUCCCGCACGUCAACGAUAGGGAGGGCUUCAUGGUUGCGAGGACGCAGAGGUGGUGGAAGGCGUUCAAUGCUAUGGUUAGCACGCUGUUGCCGCCGUUUGCUAUGGGGAUUGCGGGCGCGUUGGGUUGGUGGUUUGCGAGAUUUUGA